AUGGUCUCAUCGGCCUGUGCCAUGUAUGGCACAGGAGCAGCAGGCCUGGUUCUGCGCUACCCCAUGACCUGGAGCCUCAUCAAGGCCCACAAGGUGACCAAGAACAUGAGGACGCUGAGGCACAGCCACCGCAGGCGUCUCACCAAGUUCCUAUGGGACAUGAUCCUGGAGGUGUAUGGCUUUGCUUCCUGUCAGCAGCGCACCAUGUUGCUGCUCAUGGUCUCCAAGGAUGAGAAGGUCCUAAAAUUCAUCAAGAAAAGGAUGGGGACACCCACCCAUUCUAAGAGGAAGAGAGAGGUCCUGAGCAAAGUCCUUGCAGCCUUGAGGAAGGCAGCCUCAAGAAGGACUGAGCCCUGUCCCCUCCCCAGCGUGGUUUGUUUAUUUACUUUCUGCCUCCCGGACACCUUGGAGGAGCUGCCCAGCCCUGACUCAGCGCAGCCGGACCUUCCCGGGCUGACUGUCCCGGCAGCUGCUGCAGCUCCGCGCUGCCUGCCGCGCUGUGCCAGCUGUCGCCGCCUGCAUCACACCACAGUAAUGGGAACAACUGGAAGCAAUAAUGUGUCUCCCCAUUUGCCUAACAAUACCAACAUGGACAAUAACUCAGAAGACUGA